UCCCUCCAUCCGCCGUUUCCGCAGCAACAGGGAAAAUAUGGCAGCCCUCGCGACACUCACUCAGCUGUCAAGUGGGAACCCUGUAUAUGAGAACUUUUACAGACAGGUGGAUCCAGGAAAUACAGGGAGGGUUGGACCCACAGAGGCUGCCUUAUUCUUGAAGAAAUCAGGCCUACCAGACAUCACUUUAGGAAAGAUCUGGGAUUUAGCUGAUCCAGAUGGCAAAGGUUUCUUGGAUAAACAGGGAUUUUAUGUUGCUCUGCGACUUGUUGCCUGUGCACAGAGUGGGCACGACAUCAGCGUGGCCAGUUUAAACCUCCCUGUUCAACCUCCAAAAUUCAAGGACCACAGUAGCCCAUCACUGAGUUCUGUAACAACGUCAAAUGAAAGCCAUUGGGCAGUGCGGCCAGAAGAGAAGAGCAAAUUUGAUGGUAUUUUUGAAAGUCUUGCCCCAGUAAAUGGAUUAUUGUCUGGUGAGAAGGUCAAACCAGUCUUAAUAAACUCCAAACUACCUGUGGACAUCCUUGGAAAGGUUUGGGAUUUGAGUGACAUUGACAAAGAUGGGCACUUGGACAAAGAUGAAUUUGCAGUGGCUAUGCACCUAGUGUACCGCGCCCUGGAGAAGGAGCCAGUGCCCUCCAUUUUGCCCUCCUCUCUCAUCCCUCCAUCCAAAAGGAAGAAGACCUCAGGCUCUUUGUCCAGCAUGGGGCCAGUGUUGCCAGGCAGCCCACCGCCACCAAAAGACAGUCUGCGCUCCACACCUUCUCACGGCAGCAUGAAUUCUUUGAACAGUGCUGGGAGUUUGUCCCCAAAACACACCCUCAAAUCCUCACAGCAUUCAGUAAACUGGGUGGUACCAGUCAUAGACAGAGGCCGCUAUGAUGACAUCUUCCUCAAAACUGACACUGACCUUGACGGUUUUGUCAACGGCCAUGAAGUUAAAGACAUUUUCAUGCAGUCCGGGCUUCAUCAGAAUUUCCUGGCACAUAUUUGGGCUUUGGCGGACACCAGGCAAAUGGGCAAACUCACACGGGAGCAGUUUUCCUUAGCCAUGCAUUUCAUUCAACAGAAAGUGAGCAAAGGUUUGGACCCUCCACAAGCUCUGACUCCAGACAUGAUACCGCCGUCUGAACGGGGCACUCCGGGACCAAGUCUAUCAGGAUACAUGACACCAGUGGGAUCUGAAAUGGCUGCACUGACAGAGAUGCGCCGGGACAGCUCCAGCUCUGUGGGUUCUGGCGAGUUCACCGGGAUUAAAGAACUGGAUGACAUCAGUCAGGAAAUCGCUCAGCUGCAGAGAGAGAAAUACACAUUGGAACAAGACAUCAGAGAAACAGAAGAGACCAUUAGAAACAAAACCACAGAGGUUCAGGAGAUGCAGAACGAUCUGGACCGAGAGACGUGCAGCCUCCAGGAGCUUGAGGCCCAGAAGCAGGACGCUCAGGACCGGCUGGAGGAGAUGGAUCAGCAGAAGGCAAAACUAGAAGACAUGCUCAAUGACGUCAGACAGAAAUGCCAAGAAGAGUCGCAAAUGAUCACCUCCCUACAGAACCAGAUCCACUCUCAGGAAUCAGACCUGCAGAGUCAGGAAGAGGAGUUGGGCCGAGCAAAGGCUGACCUGAACCGCCUGCAACAGGAAGAGGCUCAGUUAGAACAGAGUCUACAGGCGGGCAGGAUUCAGCUUGAAACCAUCAUAAAGUCUCUCAAAGCCACACAAGACGAAAUCAACCAGGCUCGGAGCAAACUCUCCCAGAUCCAGGACAGUCAACAUGAGAUCAGUAAGAAUAUCGAGCAGUACAGCAGCACUCUGAACGGAACCCACGGGGGCAGCAUGACCAACCUGGCCGACAUGAGCGAAGGCUUCCCAGAGAAAGAAAAUGGAGGCUUCAGGGCUAUGGAGGAUCCUUUUAAGGUGAAGACCACAGUGUUCAACAGCUCCCCUCAGGAGAUACACACAGACCCAUUCCAGUCUGAGGACCCAUUUAAAACAGAUCCAUUCAAAGGUGACCCUUUCCAGAAUGACCCUUUCUCAAAGCAGACCACCACAGUUGCAGAUCCUUUCGGUGGAGACCCUUUCAAGGAGACCGACCCAUUUAUGACCUCUUCUGAAGAUUUCUUCAAGAAGCCCUCAAAGCCAGACCCCUUCAGCAAUGCCGAUCCAUUUAGUAAAAGUGCCACUCUUCCCUCAAAGAGUCAUCACUUCUCAAGCAAUGACCCUUUCAGCUCCACCAGCCCCAAACCGAAAGGCCAAGAUUUCUUCGGUACUUUGGACCUUUUCGGUAGCAGUUCGUUUGGCAGCAACAGUGGAUUUGCCGACUUCAGCCAAAUGUCAAAGGGCUUUGUAGAUGACCCCUUCAGCCGAAAACAAGACAUGCCAGCUCUACCGCCCAAGAAAAGCAUACCACCUCGGCCUAAACCAUCAAGUGGUAAAAGCACUCCAGUAAACGUGCCCGGAUCUGCGGAUUCAACCAAGACGAGCGAUCCCUUCCAACCAUUCAGCGCUGACCCCGUCGACCCUUUUCAGAAUAAAAAAGGGGUGGGAGACCCGUUUAGUGGCAAAGACCUGUUUGCUCCUUCUGCCUCAAGUAAAGCUUCUAAAGACUCUUCAUUGGGUUUUGCAGACUUCAGCUCUGAACUGAGCGAAUUAAGUUUGGGAAUGAAGCCCAGCAGAUGGAGUGGGCGAAACGGGAAAGCGAGAGAGCGGAACGGGAGCGGCUGAAGAGACUCCGGCAACAAGAGCAGGAAGACCUGGAGCUGGCUAUCGCUCUUAGCAAGGCUGAGAUGUCCAACGCCUGACCCCUUCCACCAAUACCCUUCAGAUCCACCCCUCUGUACACUACAGCAAUGUGUGUGUGUGUCUGCGUUCGAAAGCUAAUGGGCCGCUCACACCAAACCCGUUUUUGCAUCCGUAUGCGCUAGUUUGGCCUUUUUGACCGUUGCGGCGUGUCGCACUGUUUUCCAGCGUCUCGCGCAGGAGCGCCAUGUUUUUUAGUAAACAUCUCAAUCUCAAGAGACACUUGCGUCUUGCUUUUUUUAGUGCAAGAACACCUUUUGCCUGAACAGCCCCUGAGGGACUUCACAGGCAGUGCUUUGUUUAUAAAGGUACAUCAUAAGGAAACUAGUUUCAGACAAUUUUUCAAGGCGCCAUAAUGUCAUGUCUAAUGAACUAAAACAAAUCCAAGUAAACUGUAGACAUAACCAAGUAAUAUACUUAUUUCUAGGUAGAAAUGGAGUCGAAAGUUGAAAAAAAGAAAAGAAAAACUGGACAUUUCUAAACUAAUUUACAUCAUUUUUAUUCUUUCAACCAAUUGCAGAACUGCACAAACGUGAUUUUGGGAAAUCGAAGGCAGCAAAGGACACAUCUAUGCUGCCUUCAAAAAUGAAUGACUUGAUGAAGGCAUCUCCGUAGACAGCAUGUUAUGCAAAUAUUGGAUUCGGACAUGUUUUCAUGCCUUCCUGCUUUCGGACGCAGCCAUCGUGUGUAUGUGUGUGAUGGACCAAGAUAAAAUAAAUGCAAGUGGGCAGGGUGCUGUAUAGACCUCUAGCCUUUUGUUUUUUUAAUAUGAGGAUGGGCAGCCUUUGUUUUGCGAGUCUGCUAAUUUACUCUACAUGCACUGCAUUAACCUCUCAGAUGGAGUAAAUAGUUUAUUUAAAGUGUUUUAGAGUGUGUACGUGUGUGUGAAUGUGCAUCAACAGAGCCAUGGACAUUGAAGACCAUUAUUGGUCUCCGCAGGUCAUUAUCUCCACUGUGUCUCCCACUCACUCACUCUAAUUGGUGGACUAAAAGGGACUAAGAAACCAGAUUAAAGUUCUGUGUGAGUUUUAAAUAGGGUCAACCCCGCAUUACCAAGACUGCAGUCCCUUGUGCAAGGCACUUAAUUCCAGGUUUCUUCAGUUGCAACUGAAUUCAAUUCUAGAAAGCGUACUGUAAGUCGAUUGGGAUAAAGACUGUGGGCUAAAUGAUAAGUUACUGGCUCUAGCUGUAGCCAGUAUGGUACAAACUGGAAUUAUAGCAGCGCCUGGCAGACUAAAUGUCUGUAAGAGACUCUUGAGGUGACGUGAAGCUGAAUGAGGGAUCCUCUGUUAUCUGUCGGUGUCGUUUGAGAGAGCCAUUUGAUUCAGACUGGAACAAAGUAAAUAGGUGUGCUUUAAUAGCAUUAUUCAGAGUGAGGUAGAGGAGAAUGAUCCACAUAAAGUAACUUGGACAAACUGCACUGAUUUUUUUAAUUUAUUUUUGUAUUAUUAUUAUCCCAAGUGUUAUAAAACACCUACCUAGAUCAAGAAGGUUGAGUCCACAAUGACCGCAUUUAACUGCACUUCAAUACUCUAACAAAUAUCAAAAAUCAUUAAUUAAAGCACCAACAUUAGAAACCUGCAUUUAUAUGAGAUUUGAAAUCAUCAGAUUAUUCUCUGCUUUUAACAUUAAAACGUUAGCGCACAUAGGAUAAGCCGGUAAGAACACCAGUAAAUGUGUUUACAUGCAACACGAAAUUGGAGUAAUGGGCAAAUAUCUACCUCUGCUGUUUUUGCUUAAACCAUUUAUGACCUUACCCCGAUAACAUGUAAACCUUUAAGGCAUUUACAUGUUGGUUUAUUAAGCAUAAUAAGUGGAAAAAUUGUGUAAAAGUACUCAGUGUUGCAUGAACAACAACAACUAAUUUCUAGAUUAGGGAUGAGAUACAGUAUGAUCAAUAUUUUUGUUUGCCAUUAAGAUUCAUUGCUAUUUAGAUUUUCACUUUUGUUGUUUGGAUUAUGUCUUUAUGCCGAUAACAGUAAGCAAUUGUUGAUAAAUCAAUCCAUGGGCCUAAAAGCACAAUUCUGUUGUGGUGGAAGGUUCUAAUAUCGUUUUUGCAAAACAUUAACCCGUAAGUAGGCCCAGACAGAAUCUGUAAACUUUUUAUGAUUUUCUGCACUGUUUUUGAGAGAAAGUUGUGUGCUAGAUUUAAAUAUGAUGAAAUAUGUUAAACAGAGUUGAAAGUACUGCACUUUUAUUUGUAGCUGAAAGCGCAAUCAAAUUAGCAAAAGAACACGCAAGGGGUGAGGAAUUCUCAAAACUUUGCAAAUGACUGUCAAUCCAAUCUUCGGAGCUUUCUGUGGCAUUCCAAACAACAGCAUGUCUCUUGCUGGGGUUCCCUAACUAUUUUUAUGGCAAUUUUACAUUUGCGCUUAAGAAAACCUGAAUGGAAAUGCUUGAUAUGCGCAUAAACUUUUCAAAUUCGCUUAAAAUUUAAUGCACUAGACAGAGGUGGAUUUUCUAGUCAAAAUGCGCGUUAAGGUGAUGGAAACGGUCUAUUCGUAAAAUGAUGAUGUAUUUUGACCAUUUGUGCAUGAAAGGUCCGACCUUGUCACACAAUUCUUCUAACAUAGCCCUUUUAUUUUAACUCACAGCUGGUUGUUAAAGUGCAUCCAAACAAUCCGUCAGAACAGUUUUGACCGCGGGUGCUCCCAGGUAUACGGAGGCUGGCGGCGUAUGGGCAUAGCUGCUACUUCAGCCCUCAUCAUAUGAAUAUUAUGCUCAUUCUGCAACAUCUGCUGGCAGCAUUUAAUAAAACGAUAUACAUUUGCUCCAAAACCGCAAAUAAAACUCCUCGAAGCAAGUUGGUCAUUCAGCUGCUCCAUCAUGACUAGGCGGAAUCCCUCAGAAUAACGCGCAUGAUAUAGUGGAUGAAAACGCGCAAUGAUUCGGAUUUUCUUCAGCUUAAUUUUUAGAAAUGCGCUUAAAAAUGUGAAACAUUUGAAUGGAAACCCAGCUAUUGUCAUUUUGGGUUUUGCUAUUGGCAUAUCCCAAACCUUUAGUCAGUAUUGAAUUCAAUUCUUGUUUUUAUCAACUUUUUGUGAUACGACUGUGGUUUAAUUAUCGUAAUAUUAUCAGGUUUUGAAACCCAUCUGCUGUUCUCAAAUGGUAGACACUCUCUAACUGGUACUAUAAACACUUUUUUUAAAUGAUCCCCAUUCACUCCUCCAACCUCAUUUGAACAGCUGUUUCUUUAUACUUUGAGUAUUUUAAAUGAUUUCUGAGUGUGUUAUGUGAUGUGUGUCAAUUAUUCCUGUAAAGGAAAAAAGGUUCAUUAUAGCCUGUGUAAUGAUUGAUGUCUAGUGUCCAACAAUUUGGACAGAAAUAUUGUGUAAUGUUAAUAAGAACAACUGUGACAUAUCCAUGUACACUGCUAAUUUUCAGCAAUGUCAACUUUUUCUGUGAUGUUUUUGGUUUGUUCCUCUUUAUCUUUUUCUUUUUACGUCCAGCUUGUGUUUUUUGACCUCAAAUAGCUGCUUGACACUCCUUCGUCAUGUUAGUGUCACACUAAACAGUGUUACAUAAUCUUAUUGAAAAUAUGUAAAGUGUAUGUACAUUGGGCCCAGCUCACACUGAAACUGUAGUGCCGUGUUUUUUCACGUGAAUAAUUCCAACCUAAAUUUUGCCUAUUUGAUUCCAGUACACUAAUCUUAAAUCAUAUGUGUCAUUUGAGCAUUGUAACAAGCUGUAACUACGUCUUUCGGACUGGAAUCGAAAGGGUGAAGAUUGAGAUGUGGUUAUGGGACAACAUGAAGGUCCCAGAUAAGGAUAAAGGCCAUUGGUGCUGGCUUUUCUGCCUUUUUUGCUGUUACAAAAAUGAAUAGAACUGUUGGAACUGAAAAACAAACCUUGUGUUCGGAUCCAUCUCUCAAACAUUUUGUCGUAGCUCCUUUUAUGCUGUUUUUGCCCUGUAUACCUCCAUUGUGCAAUAGUUUGUAUAUUGUAUUUGUUGUAAUACCUGUAAAUUCAUUUCAAAUUUUAAUAUCCUGUUUUGUUAUCCAGGUUUUUUCUUUUUUAAUAAUGAAAGUGGUUAUUUUUUUAGUUGCUGUCAUAAUUUAGGGCGUAUGCACCACAAAACUCAAGCUGAAUGCAUUCCUUUUUGGCCUGCCUUUAACACUCUCCUAUGUAGAUAAGAUAUUAACCUCAUUAAGAAAUGCAUAAAAAGUAUACAUAAACCAUGUA